GAAAUUACUUUUAUUACUUGUGUUUUAUGGCACGAAUAGUUACUAAAAAGUAUUAAAACGUCAGAACAGAAUACGUAAGAAAUUUGUGAUGUAUAAUUGCCUACAUAAAUUUUUAAUAAUGUACCAUAAAUCGCGUUCGAUUUGUGUUUGCAUACAUUUUUUAUUUUUUUACAUGAAAAUAAGUGUUUUAUAAAAUGGAAAAUACGUGGCAAUUUAAUUUCUUUUGUCUUUUCAUACGUAAAUUUCUUUCGAAGUGCAACCUGUUUGCAUAGUUUACAUAUGAUUCACACAACUUGAUAUGCGGGUACUAGUGUGACGUAAUGUUUUUAUCCUUAGGCUAUUGGUUACAGUGAUAAAUGGCGCGCUUCUGUUCUUAGGUGACGGAGAACGCGGGAGGAAGUAUUAUUUCUUUGUCGUAUCGUUAACAGCAACGAAUUCAUAAAACCAAUAAAUCAGUUUUAAGUUUAAUAAGUAGAGAGAGAUAGAAAAAAAAAGAAUAUUUUCUGUUUUUACUAAUCGAAAACCUGUAUCUCUGGGGUGUUCUUCGCGUGAAUUUUCGAAACGGUCGAAUAAUGCCAAUAAUUGUUUUUCGCUAUAAUUGAGAUACUCCGAUCGAUUUAUCCUAUUCUAAUUCCGGAUUUUAAGUUGCAUUAAAUAUUUAUUCAGGUAAACGACCACACAGAUGUUUAGUCCGGUUUUCUUGACAAUACAACGGAAAUGUGACGUCAAAGAUGCCAGUCGGCAAUCGUGACCGCAUAUUCAACACAAGCAAACCGGUACCGGGUUAAAAAUAGUAAUGGGGAGAAGAAGGGUCGACAGCACGUAAUGCUAAUUAUUUAUACGUUUUUUAUGUAUUAUAAGCAAUUCGUAUGACAGUUAUCAGGAAAGUAUAAUGUAAGCAGUGAUGUCAAUCGAACAUUGGAAUCACGUGGCGAAUUGUAAGGCCAUUUCGCUUAUACCGUUCUUACCGCUUUAUACUACAACGCUCGAGGCGCAAAGUAAAUUGCUGUUUGUGAAAAAGGGUGUAUAUGGAUGAGUCAUACUUUUGGGGGUCAUGGUUGAUUGCAGUGGGGCGUGUUAAAACGGGUUUCACCGUAGCUUGGUCCGAUUCUACCUGUUCUAGCAUUUGUAUACCUGACACUGUUACAAUAAGAAAAGGCGCACUUUGACCAGUUAACUGGUUGCCAUUUGAUGAAUUACUUCUAAUGGUACAGACAGUGCAUUAUUUUCUAUCUUCAUGCGUACUCCAGUGGGCAGCACUUUAGCCCUACAGAAAGCAGGUAGUCCUCAUGAUGAGGAUCCUACCCUGAGCCAUUCUUCACUUCCUGUAGCAAAUAUUUUGAAUAGUUUAGACAAAGAUGAAUUUGGAAUCAGUACUGACAAAGAAGAAUGCUUUGAAACUGGAAUGCUAUGUAUUCAAGAAGAGUUGAAUCAGAUAAGUUUAAAACAAAGCCCAAAAUCACCAGUAUCUUCCAUUCCUCAUCAAACCCCCAUUACAUCAUCACCAACAAGAACCUCAAGCAUUCAAAGUUUAACAAGUUCAUUGCCAGAACAAAGUAAAGGCUUUGAAGUAGGUUAUCGUGAUGGAGGACAGCAACAUUCAUCUGGUUGGUUUGAUGGUUUAUUAGGCUGUCUUAGACCUGUGUGGAGUAUUCUUGGCAAAGGAAGUUCAAAUGAAAUCAAGGGCCAAGAUGACUGGGAAAUUCCUUUUGAAAGUAUUAGAGAUUUGCAGUGGCUUGGUAGUGGUGCUCAAGGUGCAGUUUUUCUUGGUACAUUAAACAAUGAAUUGGUUGCAGUUAAGAAAGUAAGAGAUAAAUCUGAAACAGAUAUAAAGCAUUUAAGGAAAUUGAGACAUCCUCAUAUUGUUGCAUCAAAAGGUGUUUGCACUCAGGCACCAUGUUAUUGUAUUGUGAUGGAAUAUUGUCCCUAUGGACCAUUAUAUGAAGUACUUAGACAAGGAAGAGAAGUUCCACCUGCUGUUGUAGUAGAAUGGAGCAAACAAAUUGCCUCAGGAAUGAAUUACUUACAUUCCCAUAAAAUCAUUCAUAGAGAUUUGAAAUCACCAAAUGUGCUUAUUAGCUCAAAUGAAAUUCUGAAAAUAUCAGAUUUUGGUACCAGUCGUCAGUGGAAUGAAAUUAGUACUAAAAUGUCUUUUGCUGGAACUGUAGCCUGGAUGGCUCCUGAAAUUAUUCGUAAUGAACCAUGUUCAGAAAAGGUUGAUAUAUGGUCUUUUGGUGUUGUGGUAUGGGAGCUUCUUACAUGUGAGGUUCCGUAUAAAGAUGUAGAUUCGUCAGCAGUUAUAUGGGGAGUAGGAAGCAACAGUCUUCAUCUUCCUCUUCCUUCUACUUGCCCAAAUGGAUUCAAGCUUUUAAUGAAACAAUGUUGGAGUGCAAAACCAAGAAACAGACCUUCGUUUCGACAUAUAUUGAUGCAUUUGGAUAUUUCAGCAGUAGAAAUUCUUAGUACACCGAAAGAAGCUUAUUUUAAAACACAAGCUGCAUGGAAAGCAGAAGUCAAAUUAUGUAUGGAAAAGAUAAAAUAUAAUGGAAGACAUGUCUCACAUGCAGAAGAAGAUUUAGUUAACAGAAGAAGAGAAGAACUUAGACACGCACAAGAUGUUCGAGAGCAUUAUGAAAGAAAAUUGGAGAAAGCAAAUAAUCUCUAUAUGGAAUUAACAGCUUGCAUGCUUCAAAUAGAAGAAAGAGAAAAGGAUUUGAUUAAACGUGAGCAGUCAAUGCAAAUGAAUACAUCUGGAAACAAACCAUACAGGAAAAGGAUUGUUAGACCUCUUUUGAAAGCACAUGAAAGAUUUCACAAGAAACGCACAUAUAAGUCACAAUGUGAACAAAUAAGUUCUGAAAGCCCUAAGAAAGUUGGCCUGACUAUAACUGAUUGUUCUUCCUUACAUGGUUCGGCCAAAGCUCGAAUUAGACGACAGAGACAUCGACGUAGUAACAGUCAAAGUGGCUCAGGUAGUUAUAAUCAUUUAAUAUCCUCAAACAAAGUGCCAUCUCCAAGAUGGAGUUCUAGUUGUGAAAGAAGAAGUUAUGUUGAUACAGAAACUCAGACUGAAAGUGUUGAUAUGCAGAGUGAAACAGAUCCUAUUAGUCCUUGUGGAACAUUAAAUUCCAGACAACAUUCAGAAUCAGUGCAAAAUUAUAAUAAAGAAACUUCAAGCAAUAGUGAACAUGAUAUUCUUUGGAGGAGGAGUUUGGAUGGAUCACUACCAGAUGUUGCAGCUUCAUGUCAAAAGUGUAAUUGUCAAUUAGAACAAACUGAAAGAGAUUCGAAUAUGAAUCGCCAACAAAAAGUAAUGACAAGCAAUGAUAGGGUAACAAUUAAAAUGAAUAGAAAUCGUUCAGAAAAGUUAACUUAUCAUAAUUUUCAAUUAAAAACUUUAAAAAGAGGAAUAAGUACAGACAGUGAUGAAUCACCAACUCGUUUAACAUUUCCAAACAGAAGGAAUAAUAUAAAUACUACCAGUAAUAUGGAUCCUCAUUAUACAACAUCAGAAGAAGAAGGCGAAGUUGAUGAUAGCGACGAUUAUGUCUUAAGGAAUUCUAUAAGGUUGUCUCAUGUUCAUCAGAGAUGUAGUGGACAAUCAAUUUCUACAUUAAGCUCUGAAGGAAUUCUUUCAGAAGAAGAGGAAGGUAAUACCAGUGAAUAUGGAAGUAGUCAUCAUACUCCAAAUGAUUUACUUUCAAGUUUGUCAAAUCCAGAUUUAUCGCACAACUUGGAAAGUCAAGCAGAUGUAUCAAAAAUGGGAAUAAAUGAUCAGGCAAAUUGUCAUUCUUCAAAUGAAUUACGAGAAAAUUUAGAAACAGAUAAAAGUAGAAAGAAUGCACCUUCUUUACAUCAGGAUAUUCAGAAUUUUUCUCCAACAUUAUCGGCAAUUUCUUCUUCUGGCGAUAGUGACGACAUCUCCAGUAAGACCGUGGCAACUACUCAUUCACGUAUUAAUGGAAGUUCGGAAACUGCAGUCUGGUGAUAUCUACAAGUAAAUACAGACAAAAUUCUGUCUAUCCCUGGUCACAAGUACAGACUUAAUUUGAAAUAUGGUUGUGAACAUUAAAGUUGUGAAAUAUGUUUAUUAAAUUAGCUUAUUUAGAACAUUUAUUGAAAGUUUAAUCUAUAAAUUGAUAUUAGGAGAGUAUAUUAGUUCUCACUAAUUUAUCAUUAUUUAUGCUCAUUGUUACAGUCAACAUUCCAUAAUAUUUCUCACUAGAAACUUUUUAAAUAUACAAGAAAAUUUGAAAAAUAUAUAAGAAAUGACUCUGUGAGAACUUUUUUAUUGAUUUUAUUUAUUAGGUUAGAAAAAU